AUGGAGAACCUAAUAUCAUUAGUGAACAGACUACAAAGAGCGUGCACAGCGCUUGGAGAUCACGGAGAGGAGGGUGGCUCAUCAUUGCCCACUCUCUGGGAUGCUCUGCCUCAAAUUGCCGUCGUUGGUGGUCAGAGUUCUGGAAAGUCUUCGGUCUUGGAGAGCAUUGUUGGGAAGGAUUUUCUGCCUCGUGGAUCUGGCAUUGUUACUCGGCGUCCACUUGUGUUACAACUUCAUCGGAUCGAAGAAGGUAGAGAAUAUGCAGAGUUUGGACAUCUUCCUAGGAAAAGAUUUACUGAUUUUGCUGCUGUGAGAAAGGAAAUAUCUGAUGAGACUGACCGCGAGACAGGUCGUACUAAACAAGUGUCUUCUGUUCCCAUUUAUCUCAGUAUCUAUUCCCCCAAUGUUGUGAAUCUCACGUUGAUUGAUCUUCCGGGCCUUACAAAAGUUGCUGUUGAGGGGCAGUUGGAAACAACCGUGCAAGAUAUUGAGAACAUGGUGCGAUCCUAUAUAGAGAAGCCGAACUGUAUCAUAUUGGCAGUUUCUCCUGCCAACCAAGAUCUUGCAACAUCUGAUGCUAUUAAGAUUUCUCGUGAAGUGGAUCCGAAAGGAGAGAGAACAUUUGGAGUCUUAACAAAGAUUGAUCUUAUGGAUCAGGGUACAAAUGCUGUGGAUAUCUUAGAAGGAAGAUCGUAUAAGCUGCAGUUCCCAUGGAUAGGUGUUGUUAAUCGCUCACAAGCUGAUAUUAACAAAAGUGUCGACAUGAUUGCUGCUAGGAGAAAAGAACGGGAGUAUUUUUCUCAAACGCCCGAGUAUAGCCAUCUUGCUGACAGGAUGGGUUCUGAGUACCUUGGAAAAAUAUUGUCACGGCAUUUGGAAUCCGUCAUCAAAUCUCGGAUUCCAGGCCUUCAAUCACUCAUCAACAAAACCAUUAUUGAUCUUGAAACUGAGUUGAGUCGACUGGGAAAGCCUAUUGCAACUGAUGCUGGUGGAAAACUGUACAUGAUUAUGGAAAUAUGCCGCACAUUUGAUGGAAUUUUCAAGGAGCAUCUCGAGGGAGUACGGCCAGGUGGUGAUAAAAUAUACACCGUCUUUGAUAACCAGCUGCCGGCUGCACUAAAACGCUUACAUUUUGACAAGCAUUUAGCAAUGGAAAAUGUUCGUAAAUUAAUCACUGAAGCUGAUGGAUACCAACCUCAUCUUAUAGCUCCUGAACAGGGUUACCGCCGUCUGAUCGAAACAGCUUUGAUUUCAAUCAAAGGUCCAGCUGAGGCAGCAGUUGAUGCUGUUCAUGCAAUAUUGAAGGAGCUUGUGAACAAGUCGAUAAGUGAGACAACGGAGCUGAAGCAAUAUCCGUCUCUUCGGGUGGAAGUUGGGAGCGCUGCGGUAGAAUCAUUAGAGAGGAUGAAGGAAGAAAGCAGGAGGGCAACGGUUCAGCUAGUAGAAAUGGAGUGCAGUUACCUAACCAUAGAGUUCUUCCGCAAGCUUCCUCAGGAUGUGGAGAAGGGGGGCAACCCGACCCAUUCAUUAUUCGACAGAUACAACGAUGCAUACCUUAGACGAAUUGGAUCAACUGUGCUGUCUUAUGUGAACAUGGUUUGUGCAAACCUGAGGAACUCCAUUCCGAAAUCCGUGGUUUACUGCCAAGUUCGCGAGGCAAAGCGGAGCUUGCUGGAUCAUCUCUACACUGAGUUAGGCAGAAAAGAGGUGAGAGAGUUGGGGAGGCUGUUGGAUGAGGAUCCGGCCAUUAUGCAACGUCGAAGCUCUCUGGUGAAGAGACUUGAGCUCUACAGAUCUGCCCAAGCAGAGAUUGAAUCUGUUGCCUGGUCUAAAUAAGAUACACAAGAGAUAGAGAUAAGAUGCCACUGAACCUUACCUGCAAACCUCAAUAAUAAUGU